AUGUCCGCGCGGGACCAGCCACUCGUCCCCAAACAACCAGGUCCUCUCGACUUCAAUUACCAAUUUUUCAUCUUCCUGCUCAUCUCCGGCCUACUCUCCAUCUUCUUCCUCCUUUACUUCAACAGACUCUUCGGCUCGAUAGUUUCCUACACGAUUCGAACAUGGACCUGGCACCGAUACAACGUAUACGUUGACAUACAAGCUCUUCAAGUCUCAUUGUUGGCUGGCAGAGUUUUCUUCUCCGGCUUACGCUACCACGGCGUCAAUGAAUCCUUCUUGGUCCAGCAUGGCGAUAUUACAUGGCGAUACUGGUUGCGUAGGGUGCGCGAGGCGGACGUGCUCGACGAUGAGCAUUCGCAAGGGAAACACCCCUCCAGGUCCGACAAUAAUUCAAAGCUGCCGUGCCGCAUCAACGUCAGUCUGGUCGGCUUGGAAUGGUUCGUCUACAAUCGCAGCCCGGCCUAUGAAGGAGUUUUGGCUGGUCUGAAGGAAACCGAUGCAACACGCUCCUCUUCCAACGAUGUCUACGAAGAAAAGCCCAGCGAGACGGACAAGCCCCGCAAGAGAAAUCUACAUGGCUUGGAUCAGCUCGAGGAAAUAUUUCCGCCAUCACGAAACGGGCGACCAGUUACUGGACAGCGCAGCAGCUCUCAAGACGUCAACAGUGUUGACGGAGAUGCAGCUGGCUCUACGGAAUCAGAAACGCCAUUCAUUCUCCAGUGGCUCCCUAUCCACAUUGAAUGCAAAACAGCCGCCGCCGUAAUCGGAAAUGAGAACACCAAAGCUGUCCUAGUCGUCAAGGCAAACGCCGUGACAUGCCAUGUUGACGCUGGAGCUGCCCGGACACCAGACCCAUACCGUCAACUCUUUGAUGUCGAUUUUGACCACCCCGUCAUCGAGAUCAAGGAAAACGAGGACUUCAAGGAGGACCAGGCCACCCGCGCCACUCAAGAACGCGAGAUUGGCAUACAAUUUGACUCACAACCCCGACGAACUUGGUUCCGCCACAGACGCCGAAAAUUCGUCUCGUCUAUGCGAAACAUGGUUCCUUAUUGGCGUAGAUCAGUCGAGUCAUUUUCGGCAGACUCGCGUGCUGAUCUUGGCUCUGGGGCUUCUCAUAUUCCAGCAUCAAAUCGCUGGCAAGGCCUGUCCCGGUAUUUGGAUGACCGCGACCAAGAUGACAAGGCUAGAUGGGGCUCUGUGGAAUAUGCUGCUGUAACGACCAUAAUGGAUUCACCUUCCGCCCACUUGCAAGUAUACUGGGAUGCGGUGGCCAAGGUAACGCAACGCGACGCUCGACCCAACACCGCCGACUCUCUCCUUCAUAUUAACGGCGGCGACGCACCUGCCUGGGGCAUGCAUCUCACUGUCAGAGGUGGUACCAUGAACUAUGGACCAUGGGCCGAUCGACAACGCGCCGACUUGCAGCGCGUCUUCUUGCCCGGACUAGCUAAAGAUGCGACACCCGCAAAGCCGCUGACACCGGGCGAAUGGCGAGUGGCCACAGAAUUCAAGCUGUUGAUUGAGUUGGAAGAUACGGUUACUCUGCGGAUACCCAUUCGAGAAGAGUCAAAGAAUUGGCGCUGGCGUGGGAAAGAGCCCCCAAUUAGCCAGCAGGCGCCUACGAAACGGAAGCAACGGAACAAGGCCAAGAAGAAGAGCAAAACAGAUGUCAACCAAACUCGUCCUGUAGGAUGGCUUGAGCUUAAAGUACCCGCCAAUUCAUGCGUGGAAUACUCUAUGGACAUGCUAGCUCGACUUGGUGGCUAUAAGAACACCUUGCGAGUUGAUCUGCCAACUUCGGAGCUUUGGAGUAGUGUCAACCAUGACCUGCUUUGGCGCUCUGGUCCCCAGAAGAUUGUUUGCGAUUUAUCGAACCCUCUUGGAUGGAAUACACUCCGAAAUUGGCACUUCAAUAUCAUGUCUGAUGACAUGAACCUGUACUUGCUCCGCGACCAUAUCUUUCUUCUGAUAGACCUAGUCAAUGACUGGGCCAGUGGACCACCCUCAGACUACCUCGUAUUCACCCCUUUCAACUAUCAUUUGCACCUAAAACUUGGGAAUUUGCAAGCAUAUAUAAAUGUCAACGACGGCAACAUUAUUGAUAAUGCGACAGCGCAUGACGAAAACAAUUUCCUUAUUCUCUCGACUCCUGUUCUGAACAUGGAAGCUACAAUACCGCUCGACAAAUUCAUUCCCGACAAAAAUUCUAUUCCCUUUGAUAUUCGAGCUGAGACGCUCACCUUAUCCGUGCGGACACCCCAAUGGAAUACCGAAUCGGCAUUUUUGGACUCGGACCUGCUAGGCAAUGCCGAAGGCCUAGUCGUUUCGGGAAGCUAUCAGUACAAUGCCUCAACCUCAGCAGCCAACACCGACACCCUGGUAUUGAAUGUAUAUGGCCAGUCUCCUCACGUCACCCUGUAUGGCUUCCUCAUACGCUACCUCAUGCUGCUUAAGGAUAAUUAUUUCGGCGAAACUGUGCAUUUUCGCACAGUCGACGAAUAUCAAGAGCAACUACAAUCACAGGCUCAGGGCGACGGUGAUGUUCGGAUGCAACCACCAGUUAAGAAGUCGAAUGACUUGGACGUGAUUCUUUCUGUCAAGGUUGACGAUCCCCAGGUUGCCGUGCCAACAAAUCUUUACUCAGCAAACCGCUUCAUUCGAGGAGAAUUUGCAAGCUUGGCUGUCGAUUUGCGAUUUACCAACUACUACAUGGACUUGGAGCUGGAUUUGAGCCCCCUUAGCUUGUCACUCGGUACUGGUGCCCAAACAGACUCACCAAGCUUAUCAACGUCCAAUACACAACUAUUUAUCGAUGGUAUACGUGCGUUUGGCCACAGAGCUUUUGGAUUGCCACCUUCUGAGCCUACAUAUAUGUGCAACUGGGAUGUCUCAGUCGGCGCAGUUCGUGGUGGCUGCAAUGCGGAGUUCCUGUCUGCGCUCACCAAGGGUGCAUCUGCGUUCGGCUUCACAUUUGACGAUGUUGAGAAUGCGCUAGUGCCAUACUCGUCCCUCAUUUUCUACGACAUCACAUUUAUCCGAGCCCAGGUGGACGGUGUUUCGCUGUGGGUUCACCUGCCUGAUGCUGCAUUCCUAAUCUCGACAGGAACAAUUGAUGUGAACAGCAAUGAUUGGGCCCGGUCGCAUUACUCCAAGAGAGCAAAUGUACUCAUCCCGGAUAUCCAAAUCUCAUGCGUCGAUGCCGAGUCUGCGACUGAACACAAGUCCCGCCACCAGCAUCCUGUCCAAACUGAUGCAUAUCUACGGAUGGAUGUCCAACUUGGCUCGAUCGGGCGCAAGGUGAAUUUCUCGGAAGAGCGCAAGACGCAACAGCAGUUGGUACGCCGCGAAGAUCAGCGCACUGACAGAACGCCCUACCUGAUUUUCGACGAAUUGCUGGAUGAAUUAAUGCCUGACCAUGUAGACGACCCUGCUCAGUGUUUCCCCCCUCCGCCAUAUCCUGUUGACGAGGUUGAUGCCGAGUAUGAUUCUGCUCCAAGCAUUCGAGCGUUGAAUUCUUCUCCCAAACUCAGACGGCAAAGCUCCUUCUUGUCGUUUGCAAGCUCCGGGAGUGGGAGCAGCGUAAGGCGGAGAGCUGCUACCGCUCGAACCCAUACAAAGUCGCUACCUCAGAAAAUGUCUUUGCAUGGCCAGCUACAGCCGUCAAACUAUGCCGCUCCCACAAGCGCUGCAGAAGACACGAGGAACCGCCACUCAAGUCAUCCCGCCGUCACCUUCUCUAGCCCUUACUUUGCACCUCAUUUUUCCAUGGAUGGCAUUCGGCCAGACGUUCGCCAGCUUGGAACCUUGGAUGAGGAUGAUGCUGAUUGGGAUGACCCGUUUCGAAACCCAUCCGCUCGACUCUCUGACAUUGAUCCACAAAGUCUCAGUGAAGAAUUUGCAUACUCUAGUGCCAUUGUUGAAAUCCCCUCCGGGAUUACUGCUUUUGUGAAUCCACAGGCUGUUAGGCAUGUGACCUCCCUGCUGGAAAUAUUGCAGCCAAGCAACCCAGAGGAUAUAUUGGAUAGUCUACAGGUGGACUCUGUCAAAGAGAUUUUCAGCGCGAAGCGACGCAGUGACGCCCUAGGCGAUAUCAAUGACCUGCUUGUCCGACUCCCGGGAGCGCAUAUCCGGUUCUUGAACUCAUCAACUUUGGACAGCCCCGAUUCAUCCUCCGAAACCGAUCAGUACGACCUACAGUUAUCCAACGUCAGCCUUGUUACUAGGAAUGUGUCGGAGCAAAGAGACAAUUCUGCGAUACGCAAAAUGUCUAGAACGUCUCUACAACUGCGGAUGAGAAGCGCCGAGUUAUCGGCAACAGAGAGGCUCACGGCAGUCACCCAAGCUCAAGCGGCUGUGAUGGUGCAGAUCGAUCAGAUUCUAGUAUCUUUAGGGUCAAAAGACGUGACAUACCUCGAUGCCGACAUUGGCUCUGUCGUCGGUAGCACAGCCUCUGGAAAUAUUGAGUACUUGGCAUCUUUGAUACAUCGCACUGGAAACGUGGCCUCGGAGCUGUCGCAUCUACUUGCUGAAUCGUCAGGCCGCCAAGAAAACCGUGUUCGUUAUUGUUGCUAUCGUUUGGUAGCCCUAGGCCGGUCGACCAACGACCCUCCAUUUCUCAUUCGUCCUUCAGCAGUGCUACGGUCAGUGGAUCAUCACUUGAGGACUGUUGAUUCGUGGAAGAUGGCCAUGCGACUGAGACAAAUCUGGACAGUCUUGCCAGAAGCUGACAAACUUCGUCUUACGCAGGCCUGCAGCACGGGAACAGGACCCCUUCCUCAUAACGCAGCUGAAUCUGUUGUAGAAGCGUUUCAGCAAUGGAGGAGUUGGGAUCUCGAAGAUCCUCAACAAACAGCUCUGCUCAACAAGGUGUUUGGCCCUAUGAAACAACCAAUGGAAGAGCAAAGUGAUGGUCGCCCAUUCUUGAGUGCGUGCAGACUGGGCGAAUUACAGUUCAUCCUUGACCCUGGCCCGAAAGAGAACCGUGUGGCUGUCAAAGACCUCACGAGUAGGUUUGAACGUAAGCUGGAUGCCUCACUCGCGGCACAGCUUGGUAUCCAAGUUAUGGAUGAUAUUCUCAACACCGUGGAUAUCUCUUGCUCUCAAGUCCACGUGGAUCUGAACUGGGAGCUUUUGGAACUCGGUCAGACAGUACUGAAGCUCUACAAUCGUAAUCAACCCAACACUGCCCCCAGGAGCGAGAACACAAAGCCGAAGCUGGCCGACAAAGGAGCAAGCCGCAGGGCCUUGCACGUAUUUUUUGACAUUGGAAAGGGCUCUUUCAACUUGGAAACCGUCAAUCUUCGCUCUAGCAACGUUGUAAGCGGCUUCAAGUCCUCAGCGCUGCUGUACAAGUUGGAAAGUGGAAGAGAGUUCAGCAGCCUUAUGCUGACCUCUGACGCCGUGACUUCUAGGAUGCACAGCCAGUCUUUUUCACUAUGGACCUGCCAGCUACUGUAUCCAUCGGUGACUGUCUCCCAAGAGAUUCCCGAAGUCAAAACCCAGCCCCUUCAUGUCAUCAAAGGAGCUGCGAGCAGUCGCGGUCUGUCCUUUAGCGUUGAAAAGGAUAUAAUGGGCCUCUUGGAGAUUGCCGAUCUUGUUAUUCGCGACGAGGGUGCGCAGCUGGCCCAACUUCAGAAGCAAAUCCCCAAACCGCAGAAGAAGGGGGAGUCACCAGACAUUUCUGAUCAGCUCUCAAACUUACAGAUCAACAUUGUCAUGUUUCUGGACGGGUACUCCAUCAGCGUACCGCUACUCCAAUCCCUGACUUACAAAGUAUCUGGAGUUGUGGCGCGAGCAGCAUUCGCGGCCAACCAUGGAAAGGAGCUUGUAUUUGACUUUGAUGUCAAGGAUAACUCGCACGACAUUCAAAUGAAUGUAAACAACAAGUUGCAGAGUAUUUCCAUCUUGCAGAUGCCACCGACAAAUGGCCGCAUUACAACUCGCAUGGGCGAUGGUGAGCGCACAAUUAAUGUGCUUUCAUCAAUUGAAGUAAUUCGCCUUGACGCGUCAGCUAUUUACAGCUUGCUUACGGCCGUGAACCGACCGCAAAUCAGCGCAGAAGUCGAAGACAUACAGGAGCAGUUCAAAUCAAUCCAGGUUCACUUGAGCGAGCUUUCCGAGCCAGAGCAGCUCCCGCUCGUACCAAGCACGUCGAGCAACCCGAGGACGAUCCCGCUGCCGAUCAUUUAUGACAUACACCUAACAUUAGCUGGAUUCCAGGCCCUUACUAAGACACCUCUUAAAAAGCCAGAAGAGCCUUUCGCGCAGCUUCUUUUUGCCCUGGACAAGUUCCAUCUGCAAGCAUCCAACAGAGACGCCUCCUCCGGUGCUGUUAUGAAAUAUCCCGAGUUGAGUCUGAAUCUGCAGAAUAUUGGCUUCGAUGUACGUCGGGGUCACGAAGGCAAUACCAGGUCCUGUGGUAAUCUUGGAGCGAGCGUCACCGUUAAUGCUGGCUCAAGAAGAUCGCCAGAUGGCAAGGAUGAGUGGAUUUUCAAUUUCAUGAGCGAUGACCUCCACGUCAUACUGUCACCCGAGACCGUCUCAACGGUCAUUGACAUUAUGGGCUACAUGAGCUCCAGGAUUAAGGAUCUGGAUACGUCACGCGAGCUGGAAUAUCUGCGAAGACUGAGGCAAACGAAGCCCCGCAUCUCCAUCAACGAUGAAGAAGCAUCUCAACCAGACGCCGAAGAUCUUCUUGAUUCGGUCCUGUCGUCUGUCAUAUACCGAUUCCAGCUGCGGAAUAUUCGUGCUAGCUGGGAUGUUGCCAAGGAAGCGGAUCACACUUCGGACGAUAAAGAAGAUCUUCAUUUCUCUAUUUCGUUGAUCGAAUUCGGCACAAGGAGUAGGAAAUCCGCUCGACUGACCAUUGAAGACCUGCAGCUACAAAUGGUGCCACCUGGUCAUGAAAGGGGGACCAGGUCUCUUCAUUCAGCUCUCUUGCCCGAGGUCACGUUUAACGUCGCGUACAUUUCCACAGCUGAUGCUCGACGUCUUGCUUUCCAAGCGAUUGGCAAAUCGCUGGACUUGAGGCUCACUUCAGCGUUUAUUCUGCCUGCUGCCAACUUGGUGCAAUCAAUCUCUUUAUCUGCCAAGAACGUACAGGAAGCCUCUGCGAAAUGGACGACGGAUACUGUACCAGACACGACCAGCAAAGAGCCUGCUGAGACUCCCACUAUUAAACAAAAGUCAAUACUGCGCAACAAGCGACUUGAGAACCUCUUGCUCGACGCGGACUUUGCUGGAGCCGUUGUUCACGUAUCGAGCAGUAACAAAGCGCAAAGCCAUAAUGGGCCUUCCCUUGGCGGUAAAUAUGGACAGUUUAAUGUCGAUGACUCUGGCAGCAGUGCCGUACUUCGCAGCCCCGGAUUAGCCUUCAAGGGAGAGUUCCGCGACGAUGGCAAAGCAGACCCGUCACUGUAUGGUGAGGUCAAGAUUGAUGCAUCGGAGAACAUCUUGUACCCCUCAGUUGUUCCUUUGAUUCUCGAUAUCGUGUCGAAUAUUAAGGAGGUCGUCAGCGACAAAGACGAGGAACAAAAAUCCCCCGCGCCACCGAAGCUCAAGCCUCAGAAAACCGGGGAGGAGGAGAAUAUUCUCACUGCGGACCCCAGAACUGUUAUUGGCCGAUUAAAGCUGAAUCUCGGGUUGAGAAUCUGCCAGCAGAAAUUCACGUUGAGUUGCCAGCCUAUUGCGCGAGUUGCUGCAACGACGAGCUUCGAUCACUUCUACCUCACCUUCAACACAAUUACCUCGCAAGAGCAUGGCGAGUUCUUCGCCAUAUCCGGAGUGUUGACAAGACCACAAGCAUCAGUAAAGCAUGUGUACUCGAGAGAACCAACAGCUAGCUUUGCUCUUGACACGGUCACCCUGUCUCUCAUGAACAGCAAGCAUGUAAGCGGUGUCAGUGGAGUUUCAGCCAUCUUGAAUGUCAGCCCUAUGGUGAUCUCUGUGAAUGCAAGACAGGCGCCAGAUUUCUUGCUUUUCCGAGAAAUUUGGUAUCCGGAAGAGCUUCGUCAUGUGGAUUCUGCGCCGGUUGCAAAGCUCGAGACAGAGACGUCUCAAGUUCAUUUGGUUCAGCGGUACCAGCAAGUCGCAGCCACCGCGGCUUUCCCCUGGACUGCUACCGUGUCGAUUGCAGCACUUGAUGUCAGUAUUGAUCUCGGCCAGUCCAUUGGAAAAUCCGUGUUUCAAAUUCAAGAGUUCUGGGUUUCCUCAAAGAAAACGUCUGAUUGGGAACAGAACCUAUGCUUGGGUUUUAGCAAGAUUGGCAUUGACUCUACCGGCCGCCUGAGUGGCUUCAUUGCUCUGCAGCACUUUCGGCUCCGAACAUCUAUCCAAUGGCCAAAACGUGAGGAGGCCUUGAAUGAAACGCCCCUGGUACAAGCUUCACUCGCAUUCAAGGCCCUCCAAAUCAAAGCAGCGUUUGACUACCAGGCAUUCCUUGUUGGAGAUGUAACGUCUCUCGAAUUUCUAAUGUACAAUGUUCGCGAAACUCGAGACGGUAGUGGAGAUCGUCUUGUGGCCAUCUUCAAUGGUGACACGAUCCAGCUCUUCGGUACCACAUCCUCAGCUGCACAGGCAGUCGCAGCCUACCGGGCCCUGAAAAAGCUCGUUCAGGAGAACAAAGAAAGCUACGAGGCGUCUCUCAAGGAGAUUGAAAAGUUUGUCAACCGUAAGUCAGUUGGCGGGCGAAGUACCUUGCAGCCACGACAUACCGUCCCCAAGCUCCCUGAAAAUGAUACAAUGUCCAAGUCACCCAUUUCGCUAGACACGGAUGUUGUCGUGACGCUGCGGGCACUGAAUCUCGGUGUCUUUCCCAGCACCUUCUCCGAUCACCAAGUCUUCAAGAUGGAAGCACUAGACGCCUAUGCGAGGUUUGCGGCCAGUAUGCAGCAGCGAAAGAUACAUAGCUUACUCCGCAUGACUUUGGGGCAGCUUCGUGUUGGCCUAGCAGGUGUACGCAACGUGGAAGCCCCGCGGACACUAAGCGAGAUGCGCGUUGAGGAUGUUGUGGAAAGAUCAACAGGCUCUCGCGGCGGCACCAUCCUCAAGGUGCCCUGCGUCGAGGCGGUCAUGGAGACGUGGCAGUCGCCCAACACCAACCACAUCGACUACAAGUUUAAGAGUGCCUUUGAAGGAAAGGUCGAAGUCGGUUGGAAUUACUCCCGCAUCAGCUACAUUCGGGGCAUGCUGGCGAACCACAACAAGUCCCUAGAACAGGUCUGGGGCCGUCAGCUGCCGCUCACUGCGGUCAAGAUUACCGGCGUGCCGGGGCUCAGUACGAAGAAGAGCACGGAGAGCUUGGGCGGUGGUAGCAGGUUUCUGAACCCGGACCGCGACGACGACGACGACGAGCCGCCGGCGCAGCAGGGCAAAAUUACGGCCGAGGUCAAUGUACCCCAGUCCAAGUACGACUACACGGCGCUCGAGGAGCCCAUCAUUGAGACACCGCAACUGCGCGACAUGGGCGAGGCGACGCCGCCUCUGGAGUGGAUUGGUCUGCAGCGCGACAGGUUGCCCAACUUGACACACCAGAUCGUCAUUGUGGCUCUAUUGGAGUUGGCAGGAGAAGUGGAAGAUGCGUACGAACGCAUUUUAGGAUCAUCUUGA